UGUAUAUCGUUUUAACAUUCAUUACUCCGCGAAUCAUCCGAUGUGAUAACAAAACUCGAACAGCUGCUGAACUGAACAUUAUACAAUAUGAAUAUGAGGCACAAGCUUUUUGCGUUGUUGGUUGGUAUAACUCUUCUAGCCAUGGGAUUAACCUCAAAAACAAAGUACGGACCUUGUAAAAACACUUGCAAAAAGUUGAAACUUGGAAAAUGUUCCAGAAUAUGCAGGAUCGCUGAAAAUAGUACAAUUUGGAAUUCCUGCUGGAAAACAUGCGCAUCCUCUUCUAAUGAGUUGAACUAUGACGCAGUCCUCAGUGGAUGCCUUCAACAGUGUAAAGUGAAUUUUGACAAAAUAGUUCAUAAUGUGUCGUCGAGCGCAGGUGGUCCUGUUUUCACCAUGGACGGAACCUUUUACUUGGUAUCAUAUGGAUGUGAAAUCUUCAAAAUUGAUUUAAAAAAUAACAAG